AUGACUAUCACAUUACUCCCAGUUGAGCUCAUAAACGAAAUCUGCAAGCCUCUAAAGCGACAAGAAUGGAUUGCGCUCAGGUCGACAUGUCGCACGUUAUAUAUGAACUCCCUCGAGUCAUUCGCAGAUCGUCAUUUUAAGAGUGUCCGCUUCCUUCUCACUAGCGAUGGCUUUCACAAACUCGAGGAGCUCGCCGCGAACGAUAUAAUUCGGGUCCGAGUUCGAGAGCUUUGGAUGGUACCAACUGUAUUCGAAGGCCACCACAAUAUGGAGCUUUCUAGCUCUGAGUCGAUGCAACCAGACGGAGAUGGAAGUAACGAACCUUCUGACCUUUCUACCUUUGAAUGUUCCAAUUAUGCGCGGUCAUGGGAAGAUGGCCAACCGUUGGAGGAGGAUGAAAUGAGGUCCCGUCAUGCCACAUAUCAAGCCAUAGUGGAGGAUCACUGCAGUCUUCUGAAAUCCGAAACCUUUAGCACCAGGCUGGGGGCAUGUCUCGCACGCUUCAAAAACCUCGAGUCAAUCGGACUUGAGCAUUACACAACAUCUUAUCUGCUGGAUCGACGGUACAAUCACGUUCGAUGCCUAGGCCUGCGCAAUCUAAGAGCUCAAAUGGACUCUCCCUUCUAUUCCAUACAUAUUGUCGGACUCCAAGGGGCAGAAAUAAUCCCAGUCAAUUCUCUCGCUCUAUGCAAAUUGUUGGAAGCACUCGGAAAUUCUAACAGAAAGAUCAAGAGGUUGCAUACCUGUGGUCCUGAUUAUUGUGCGGGAAUCUCCCCAGAGCUUUCCCUCUCCCAGGAGCAAUACGAUCUCCUUUCUCGAGCUGUUGAGGAGCUUGAGUAUUUGCAUUUGUGCAUAAACUUUCCCAAUGAAGAAAAACUGGAAAUACGCAGCACACCAGCUUCCAAAACAACUCUUGACCUUCUUCUUAUGAUCGCCCCAUCCCUGAAAACACUGGUCUUCUCACAAUGGCAUAAAGAUGAGCGCAGAUUGGACCCCUCCUACUUCUCCGAGCUAUCUGACAGUAUCAAAUUCACUCGGCUUGAAGAGCUAAAUCUCCAUUGGAUUGAAGUCCGUCCUGAAUCUUUCAUGUCCUUCCUAAGCACUGCGAAGGCUACUCUACACACUCUCACCCUUGACUGGGUGGCACUAAGAUUUACCCUACCUUGGUCUAUGCAAAAGAUUGAGGGGCUUUGGCGACGCGUUUGGGAUCACCUUCGAGAUGAGCUAUCGCUCCAACGCCUCACCAUGGAAAGGCUUGGUUACGGGUCCAAUCCUGUCGUGAUCUUAGGGCCUAGAACACUUAGUGGUUUAACGACACUAUACCCCGAAAUCCGCCGCCAAUUAGAGACCAGCUAUGAAGAGGCCCUCCGAGCCAAAGCACAGGUUGCCAUGGGUAGGAGGAAGAUUAGGGCACUGAUACAUGUGUAG